AUGAAUUUCGUUAUCAUACUAUUCAUAAUAACUUCUCUUCUGAACAGUCAAAUUAAUAGUCGUUUCGUAUUUGACUAUGACGACAAUGAUUAUCAACGAACACAAAACGAAGAUUUUGAACGGUGGCUGUCAUUAUCACCGCCACUUUUGAAACGAGUAUUGACAACCGAUUAUAUAUCGUCCGUAUUUACAGCGUUCGAUCUCGAUAAUCAUCAAUUUGAUCAACUAGUCAAUCGACUGAGUGAACAAGAACGUCGACUAGUAAGUGAUAUUAUUGGAACCAAUGCAAUAAUGAUAGUACAAUCGGUAUGUCCAGAAGCAAUACCAGCAGAUAAAGGAACAGCGGACGAUCAAGAACGUGAAAUGAAAAUGAUGAAAAUGCUUUUUAAUGUACAUGUUAAAAAAAUUCACCGAAAAUUGAAUGCAAAUGGUCGAAAUGUAGUCGAUAAAGUAAUUGAAGAGAUGAAAGUAAAUGCACCAAAAGCAUGUAAAUUCAUUGCUAGUAGUGACAAUAAUUGGUAA